AUGCCGCGUGUCUUCAAAGGGUUUCGCGAUCCCAGGGCUCUCACGAGACUAGCUUAUGAUGUUCACGUGCAGUCUGCUCGACUGGCGCUUGGCUCACAUGAUCACUCCAACAUAUUCAUCGCGCGCCCAGACCCAGCAGAGACACAACGCCUAAAGGAAUGGGCAAGCGCCGCCAAAGGACGGCAUUGGAGGGAAUGGAAGGAUGGGAAGCAGCUACCCAUCUCACCCAACGAUGGCUUCACUGUCGCAGUGAAAGACAAUAUCGUCACCACCCACCUGCCCACGUCAUCUGCAUCCGAUAUCCUUCGUGGAUAUGUCCCUCCGACAAAAGCGACCGUUGUGAGGCUCAUGGAAGAAGCGGGCAUUGCCGUUGUUGGUAAAACCAACAUGGACGAAUUUGGCAUGGGGUCUCACACUCUACAUUCCGCCUUUGGUCCUAUGAGCCAGCCGUACUCGAAAUUGUCCGUUGGCGGCAGCUCCGGCGGCAGUGCGCUUGCAGUCGCCGCAGAGCACUGUCAUAUGGCUCUUGGGACUGACACUGGAGGGUCGGUGAGGCUACCCGCAGCAUAUCUCGGUCUUUUCGGAUUCAAGCCUUCCUACGGCAGGAUAUCUCGCUACGGUGUUGUGCCCUACGCCAAUUCUCUGGACACAGUCGGUAUCUUGACAAAAAAUCCGCUGGACAUGCAACUCCUGUUCCGUGUCUUGGACAGGCCUGACCCAAACGAUCCGACUUGUCUCACAGCAGCUACCAGAGACAGAAUAGCGACGAGACGUGCACAAUUCCUUGCAAAACGCCGGCAGAACAUUGUUCGCACUGUAUCUGUCAAUAAAUAUUUCGAAAGAUCUCUCCAGAGAAGUGACCUCCUGUAUCGGGGGAGAGGUCCUUUCAAGCCGACUCGGUUCACAUAUCAUCGGAGUCGUAGAAGACGCCGUAUAGGUGUGCCAAAAGACUACAAUAUUGCUGAGAUGCAGCCUGAAGUUCGGACAGCCUGGCGAAACACCAUCACCUUGUUGAUCAAACUCGGCCACGAAGUUGUCCCUGUGGACCUUCCGACGACCCAACACGCCUUAUCGGCAUACUACAUCCUCGCCCCAGCUGAAGCCUCCUCGAAUCUUGCCAAAUACGACGGUGUGCGGUACGGCCCUGUGCGGACACCUGACUCUGCGGAUGCUGAUGAUGGCGUCCUCUACUCGGCCCAUCGUGGCGAGCUGUUCGGGGAGGAGGUCAAGCGCCGUAUCCUGCUCGGCGCCUUUUCUCUCUCUGCUGGCGCAAUUGACAACUACUUCCUUCAGGCCCAGAAGGUUCGCCGCCUGGUGCAAGAUGACUUUAAUCGAGUCUUCCGCAUGGAUCAUCCUCUACUAGAGGAAGAAACCGGUGUAGAGAAUGGGGUUGACUACCUCCUGUGUCCAACCGCACCAACGACACCACCGAGUCUGGAAGAGCUCCAGAAGGAGACCGACCCUGUUGAAACGUAUAUGAACGAUGUCUUCACUGUACCGGCUAGUCUAGCUGGACUGCCAGCAUACAGCUUUCCCGCGCCGCCUGCCGCCGGAAAGAAGAUGGAAGACGAGUCACGUUCUGUUGGCAUGCAGAUUAUUGGACAGUACGGCGACGAUUUCGCGGUGAUGCAGUUCGUCAAGUCUUCGAUCUGGGCUCGAGUCGAAUGGGGUCUGGACGGUGCUGUGCGGCCGCUUACGAACGCACCGAAGGUCGCUUGA